AUGUCGAAUAUUCCUUUGGUACGGAAAGCGAUCGUUGGGGCUACGCUAGCUCACACCGCGUCGCCUUCCAGUAACCCUAACCCUUUGGAAUUGAACACUACUGAAAAUCAAUGGACUCCUGCGGCGUUAGAAAGGGCUGGUUCUACUCUCAAGGCACUUAAUCGUAUGGCUAAGCGACCGCCUGUGCAUAUACUGUUCGAAGACAUUGGAUAUACAGUCAGCAUGAACAAAGGUAAGAAUUAA